AUGGCGCUCUGCUUGUCGUCGAUGCCCUGCAGCCAGUGUCCGAAGGAGGCGCCGCCCAGGGCGUACGCCGGGUACGCCCACAGCGACGACUUGUUGAAGAAGGGGCGCAUCUCGAUCCCAACCUGCCAGAAGCGCACGGCGAGGCCUGCGUUGCACCCGGACGUCAGCGAGCUCCUUCCCUGCUGUGCACUGUACUGUACUGUGUGA